GAAGUUCAUUAAGAGAAGAGUAGACUUGUAAUUUGCAGUCCCUGAAACGCCUGGAUGGAGAAGAAAAUUUGAGUCUGCAAGUCGUUAUGUACCGGAAGUUUGCGAACGCAGAUAUUAAUUAAAGUUCUUGCAGAUUUUAAAUCCAUUAACACAGUAUAAAACAACUGCCGAUUCUUGUGCGCCACGGCAAUCACAAGUGGACAUUGAGGCCCUGAAAUCAUGGCGGAUCAGUCUGUGAAUGUAUCUGUCUGUGUUUUCGUCCUGGUUCUCGUCUUGACGGAGGCGUCUGCUGCGAUGACGCAGGCGCAGUUAAAACAAGGGAUGAAAGUGAUCAGGAACACAUGUCAGCAAAAGUCAGGAGCAUCAACAGAACUGCUGAAUGGAAUUAAGGAAGGACAGUUUCCGGAAGACAGGAAUUUGAAGUGCUACAUGAAAUGCGUUAUGGGAAUGACGCAGUCGAUGAAGAAUGGGAAAGUGACUACUGACGCUGCCCUGGCCCAUAUGAAGAGGAUGCUGCCAAGCGACAUGAGAGACAGAGUGUUAGGCGCCAUUGAGAGGUGUCGGCACGCAGGUGAAGACCUGGUCGAUGCCUGUGACAUUGCUUUUGUUGCAACGAAAUGCACAUAUGAUGCCGACCCAGAGGCUUUCUUGUACCCCUGAUUGAAGCCUCGCCUGAUGGACACCAUCUUGUAGCCUGAGUAGUGCAACACUAUUAUUCCUUAUAGAAUUUAUGUUGUCCUUGGUCCGUGCUAAAUAUGUGAGCCAUGAGGAAUACUGGAGAACACACUUUUUAUAACAACUCCAUUGCCACAGCCAAGUUUGGUUCCUUGCACUAGAAUUACUGUAAUAUGUAAUUACUCUAAUUUUGUA